AUGAAUGGAGACGGUAGCUUUCGGAAAAUAUGCGACAUCUGCAAUGUUCACAAUACGACUGAGCACGUGAUAAAUCCUGAUGGCAAGUUUCGGGUAGUGUUACCGAAGAAGGAGUAUGCGUUGAAGCAGUUAGGCGAGUGCAAGGCUAUUGCUACCAAGCGGUUCAUGGGACUAGAACGUCACUUGAAUGCGAACCCGGAAAUGGAGGCUCUGUACACAGAAUUCAUCCACGAGUACCUGCUGAUGCGAGUACAUGCGAGAAUCCUGAAACCUGAUAGCACCACGACGAAACUCAGAGUAGUGUUCGAUGCAGCUUGUGCGACAGAUACCGAAGUUUCCCUGAACGGUACUCUGAUGGUGGGAUCGGUGCAAGCGAUCGUCGCUGAUGUGGAGAAGAUGUACCACAUGAUCAACGUAGUCCAAGAGGAUCAACCGCUGCAGAAGAUUCUUUGGCGAGAGUCCGUAGAUAUGCAACUCCGAGCGUACCAGCUGACGAGCGUGACCUACGGUACUUCUGCGUGGCAUUCCAAUCAGUCAGCGAUUCUGAAGAGCAUUCUACGUCACCUGCGUGACGAGCGAGAGCUGCUGGACAUUGACGUGACAGCUAAACUAAAGACCCUUGGUUUAACCUAA